GAUUGGCUUUGAUUUCGAUUCAAAUCCUCUCGUCUGGUUUUGGGUUGAGUUUUUUUUUUUCACCGUUCUCGAUCGGAUAAUUUUUCGUCUCGUGAUCGGGUGGCGGUUGCAGUCGGAUCGGAUCUGCGAGUUAUUUGAAAAGAUAUGGCGGAGGAUAAGUACAAUUUGAAGAACCCUGCGGUGAAGAGGAUCCUUCGGGAGGUCAAGGAGAUGCAGGCUAAUCCUUCUGAUGAUUUCAUGAGUCUGCCUCUCGAGGAUAAUAUAUUUGAAUGGCAAUUCGCCAUCCGCGGACCUGGUGAUAGUGAAUUUGAGGGUGGGAUAUACCAUGGACGUAUCCAAUUGCCAUCUGAAUAUCCAUUCAAGCCACCUUCGUUCAUGUUGUUAACCCCCAAUGGGCGUUUUGAAACCCAAACAAAGAUUUGCUUAAGCAUAUCGAACCAUCAUCCCGAGCAUUGGCAACCGUCAUGGAGUGUACGCACUGCCUUGGUUGCAUUAAUUGCUUUCAUGCCCACAAACCCAAAUGGCGCUCUUGGUUCCCUGGACUACAAGAAGGAAGAAAGACGGGUAUUGGCCAUCAAAUCUCGAGAAGCAGCCCCCAAAUCUAGUACUCCUGAACGUCAAAAGCUAAUUGAUGAGAUUCAUGAAUAUUUGCUGAGUAAGGUGCCGCCUGCCCCGCAACUGAGUUCUCCAGAUGACUCCAAGGAGAAACCCGCUAACAAAGAGGCUGAUGUUGAGGUAACUUCUGAAGCCACUGAGCCUGCAGCUACUGGGGAAGAGCAACAGAAUCCACCCGUAAGCGACAGGAUCGUCGAGGAAGCCAUACCAGAGGAGACAUCUAUAAAUGCCAAUCUCCAACAAGAAGCAGCAAGAGAGGCGCCAUCUGGUCGCCCUGCCCUGCAGUUGAGAACGGAGACGAGAGUCAAUAAACCUGCCGAUGACCGGUUGUUCACAUGGGCUGCAGUGGGGCUCACUCUUGCAAUUGUAGUUCUACUGCUGAAGAAGUUCAUUAAAGCAAGCGCUCAUGGAUCAGUGUUCAUGGAUGAAUCUUAAGAUCACAGAUAUGUCCGCCGCUGCUUCUAGACAGCAGACACAAGGGUCCUUCUUAUGUGUAUUAUCAUUAGAGUCUUUAGCGUAAAUUUGAAUUUGGUUAUCAUUCGACUACGAAAAGGCAAUCCUAUGUGUUGUGAUCCUGCCGCCCUCUUCCAUUAUUUGUAGCUAAAAUAGUAACAUAUGCAAAAAAAAAAAAGAAAAAAAAAUGCUUGGCUUAAGCAGUGUGCCUAAGAACCCUUUAAAUAUCUUGGCCGUCUAUUUUAUGUACAUGGUGUUACCAUAUAAUUACAAUUGGUUUUGAGAACA